GCUGAAACACAACGACAAAUAGAAGAAGAUGCUUUUGAUAUAUCAUCAGUUGGAACUCUAAGAACUCGUAAUGUUUUUGGAACAAAGCCACCGCGAAUCGUUGCAUUGGAUGUAUUCCGUGGAUUGAUGAUGCUUUUUCAAUCUAUUGAGCGUAAAUAUUUUAAACGAUGA